CCGCCAAACUUGGAUCCGAACAAUCUGACCGGGCCGUUGCCGGGUGAGGGGGCCGGGAAGGUCUAUCCUCCCGGACAGGCACCACCACAGUUUGAGAAUCCCGACUAUUACCACCAUGUGCUCUCCGACUCCACUACAACGCAGUCGUUGACACAAUCUAUAUCGGCAUCGACCGGGAUGGGUGCGAAUGCUAGUUACACCGAGGGCAAUGGCAAGCCAAACGGAAGCGGCUUCUCCGGCAAGCUGGGAAAGCUCGGGAUUCCUUCGUUGUCGAAGCUUUCUCUGUCGCCGGGCGGCGGUAGCAACGGCCAUAGUGCACACGCAGCGGGAACUCUGCCACCACCCUCACCCGCCUUGCUGCCCUAUCACGGAACAUACCAGUCCAUCUCGCCCAUGCCGUCGCCUGUCUUCGCCGCCCAGCCUAACUCGCUGAUCUCCGCCUCGGGAUCCAUCGGUAUAGGAAAGCACCAGGCAUCCGGCUCCUUCUCCAUUGGCCCACCGGCAUUCGCUAAGCCAUCACUGAGCUUCCACGGCCGACCCAGCUACGAAGGUGAAGGCCACAGCCAAUCCAACAACCAGCCCAACACGCCCUCAAACAGCAGACCCGUAAUGAUAGCCUCCCCCUAUGUCGCCCCCUCCCGCGCCAGCUCCCCAUCUCCCGAGCGCACAUACAACCCCGCCUCAGACGCGAAAGCAAUCCUCGACGAGCUCCGACACACAUUCACGCGACCCUCGCCGCAGCCACUAAUAGAAAUCCUGCCGACUCUGACGCCGCAGCAGCUCAAAUCGCUGCGCAAAGAAUACAAGACGCUCUACCGGGGCGUAAACCUAGCCAAGCACAUAAAAUCCGUUUUCACGACGUCCACGCCCUUCGGCAAAAUCAUCUUCGCCGUAGCCCUGGGGCCCUACGAGAGCGAAGCGUGGUUUUCGAACGGCUGGUACCAGAAAAAGGAGACGCGCAACGAGCUGCUGAUCGAAGCGCUAAUGGGCAAAUCCAACGCCGAGACGGAAGCGAUCAAGGCAUGCUUCAAGGACGCCAAAUACGACUCGUCGCUCGAGAAAGCAGUCGCCGAGGAGCUGCCCGCCAACAAGUUCCGCGUCGCGGUGAUGGCGCAGCUCUCCUGCGGCCGCAUGGACGAGUCCGCGCCGUUCGUAGAAGCGGGCGUCCAUGAGGACGUUAAAAGACUUGGCACGAUCCUGGAGCGCACUAAUGGCGCCGCGGGUGGUGAAACCGAAAUGGUCGGGAUUAUUGUUAACCGCUCCGAUCGAUGGCUCCUCGCCGUCGCCCAGCUGUAUAGACAGGUCUAUCAGCGCGACUUGGCGAAGGCUGUCAUGAAGCACUCCAAGAACCUUGUGGGCGAAACACUCCUCCACAUUCUCUCAGGCGUCACAGACCGGCCUUUGCGCGACGCGAAGCUUUUGCAGCAAGCGCUGGUAGCGGUAGUGGAGCAGAGCCGCGAGGACCUGCUGAUCUCGCGCGCCACAAGGAUCCAUUGGGACCCGAGACACCUAAGAAGGGUCAAGAAGGUCUUCAAGAAGAAGUAUGGCGUGUCUGUCGGUGCGAAGGUCGUCGAGGUCGCCAAAGGGAGCUUUAGGGAGUUUUUGCUGAGGAUGUUGAGGGAGGAUUAGGG